CAGGGGAGGGGCGCGGAGGGCGGCGCGUCUCGUCCCGUCCCCCCGCCGCCGCUGCCGCCUCCUCCUCCUCCUCCUCCACCUGCUGCCGCUGCGCCAGUAGCUGGCUGGGGGGAGCCGCCCGCCUCAUCCCCGCGGGGCCUCUUUGUGCUGCUGCUCCAGAGCUGCCCUCAGCCAGGCGGCUGCGUCAGGGCCCCGCCGCUGCGGCCGCCCAGAGUCACCCCGCGGACGGAGAGCCGCCGCCUCGCCCCCUCCCCCGUCCCCGCUCCGCCAUUGCUGCGCGGGCCACGGCGGAACGACGCCUCGCCGCCCCCCGAGGAAGGACCGGGAGCCGCGGCGCAGAACAUCCCUCUAUCCUGGAAGAAUGGUGAAACUGGGGAAUAAUUUCAGUGAGAAGAGCACAAAGCAGCCCCUUUUGGAGGAUGGAUUUGACACCAUCCCCCUGAUCACACCCUUGGAUGUCAAUCAGCUCCAGUUCCCACCUCCUGAUAAGGUUGUGGUUAAAACAAAAACAGAAUAUGAACCUGAUCGCAAGAAGGGGAAGUUCCGUACUCCUAAAAUAGCUGAAUUCACAAUCAGCAUCACUGAAGGGGUUUCAGAAAGGUUUAAGGUAACCGUGCUGGUCCUUUUCGCCCUUGCGUUCUUAACAUGUGUUGUAUUUCUGGUAGUCUACAAGGUUUACAAGUAUGAUCAUACCUGUCCAGAAGGAUUUGUUUUCAAGAAUAAUCAAUGCAUUCCAGCUGGGUUGGAAAACUACUACUCUGAACAAGACUCCAGUGCUCGAGGGAAAUUUUACACAGUCAUAAACCACUACAAUCUGGCCAAACAAACCAUCACGCGCUCAGUGUCCCCGUGGAUGACAGUACUGUCGGAAGAGAAACUAUCUGAACAGGAGACUGAAGCUGCGGAGAAAUCAGCUUAGUAUGAUAAGCUAAUUAUUAACACUAUGUCAUUUGAAGGUAACUAAGGGACUUUAAGGAACUUUUCAUUAAAUAUAAUUACGGAUACUUUAGAGGUUACUCAUGUUUAUGGUGCAAUUGCUUCCGUUUGCUGAUACUGCUUUGCAAAAAAAAAAAAAAAAGAAAAAAAAAGGAAAAA